AGUGCCUCCUACCUGGAGAUCUACAAUGAGCAGGUCCGGGACCUGCUGAGCCUGGGGCCGCCGUGUGCCCUGCCCCUGCGGUGGAGCAAAACCCGCGGCUUCUACGUGGAGAAUCAGCAAAGUGUGGAGUUUGAGAGCCUGGAGGCCAUUGUCAACCUGCUCCUGCAAGGAUCCCAGAGGCGACGGACCUCGGCACAUGCCCUCAACAGGCACUCGAGCCGUAGCCACGCUCUUCUGACCAUCCACAUCCGCAGCCGAGCUCCCAGCGCCUGCCCCAGCAAGCAGGGCACAUUGUGCUUCGUGGACCUGGCUGGCAGCGAGCGGGUGAAGGAGACUGGCUCCAGUGGGGAGCUCUCCGUGGAGGCCAACAGCAUCAACCGCAGCCUCCUGACACUGGGACACUGCAUCUCUCUGUUGGCCAAACCUCGAGGGAAGAGAACGCACAUCCCAUACCGGGAUAGCAAGCUCACCCGGCUGCUGGCCCGCUCCUUGGGUGGCUCGGGCAUCACCCUGAUGAUCGCCUGCAUCUCCCCAUCCUCACGCUGCCUCUCAGAGACACUGAGCACAUUGCACUACGCCAGCCGGGCCCGGAGAGUCACCACCAGACCCCUGGCCAACAGGGUGUCUCGGGAGAAGCUGCUGCAGACCUUGGAGGAGGAAAUCCAUCACCUGCAGCUGGAAAACCUCUCCCUGCGCCAGCAGCUGUGCCUGCCUAGGGUGCCAGAGGCUCCGACCCACCACAACCCCUGCCUCUGCCCCCCGGCUGCCAAAGCUGUCUCCUGCCUCCGGCCGCCCCAGCUGCCCGGGGUGCCCCCAGUGCUGCCCCAGGGCAGCUGA